AUGGAAAAGCAUCAAGAGGUUCUCAAGCGCGAGACGGCACUUUGCCGACUGGCCAUGGACCUGCAAAAGGCCCAAAUCAAAGACCUGUUGCGCAAGGACUCGAGUGCCCGCACGGAGCAGUUCGAUGCGAUGUUGAAAUCGAUGGAACACCGCUUGCGCCGAGAGCAGCAAGCACAUGAAGAGGCCGUACUCGAAGCGGUACGUCGUCUCAUGACGGAGGAGACGUCGCCAGCAGACGUCCCGGUUACCACCCAACGGCCAUCGCCAACAUCCUUCAACGAGCCAUGUGACGAUGAGGAGGUGGCCUCAGCCACUCCGAUGCAGUCGGCACAUCCCGAGGAGCCCACGCGCACACCGCUUCCAGUGUCCACGGCGCAGUCCUGGGCCCCGUUUCCGAGCCGCUCGGGGGCACGGCUUACAGGAGAGUACUCCGGCGGUCAUCAUAUCGAGCAGGGCCAGCUUUCCUUCGACGAUGGCCUCUCGCGAGAAGCGCUGACAGGUGAGCUACCUGUGGCAACGGGCAAGCCAUCAAGUCCAGUGCCGGCUAGGCUCGAGGCUCCGUGUCAGCGCCCCUGGGGAGCAGCCCGCCAGCGGAGUUCUUCAGACAGACGUUCUGGAGGCUAUUUUGUCCAAAGUAAGGGCCUUGGCGCAUGA